GGAGGGUGGGGGGACACCGGCUUCCGGUCCGGGAGGACGGUUGAGUCAGGGACACCGGCUUCCGGUGCCCGACCCGCCUGUCCUGUGUCCGCGGGUGGUUUGUCGGAGCGGGCGGCGAAGUCGAGAUGUCACUGUCCAAACGUGACCUGGAUGAGCUGAAGCCAUGGGUGGAGAAGACAGUAAAGAGGGUCCUGGGCUUCUCCGAGCAGACCGUGGUUACGGCAGCACUCAACUGCGUGGGCAAAGGGAUGGACAAAAAGAAAACAGUGGAGCACCUGAAACCGUUUCUGGACGACUCGACGGUGCGGUUUGUGGACAAGCUGUUCGAGGCGGUGGAGGAAGGCCGCAACACCCGGCACUCCAAAUCCGGUGGGGAGAAACACCGGAAAAGGGAGCUAAAGGAGGUCUUUGGCGAGGAUUCGGAGGUCACUCGGGAAUCGUCGUCCAAGAGGAAACGGAUCCUGAGGUUCGAAGAGGUUGAGGAGAAUGACAUUAUCCCCGGACCACCCACAGAGAGCCCAGGCAUGCUCACAAAGAUUCAGAUCAAACAGAUGAUGGAAGCGGCGACAAAGCAGAUUGAGGAGAGGAAGCGGCAGCUCAGUCUGAUCACCCCAUCGUUCCAGCAGCGGGUUUCGGCCCUGGCUCCCAACGCCGACCUGCCCCCGAUGGGUCAGACCAUCCAGCCCUCCCAGGCGGCCUCCUUCAUGAACGAUGCCAUUGAGAAGGCCAAGAAGGCGGCCGAGCUGCAGGCCCGGAUCCAGACCCAGCUCUCCUUGAAGCCCGGACUGCUGCAGAGCACCAACCUGGUGGGCCUCGCCAAUCUGCACGCCAUGGGCAUCGCGCCCCCCAAAGUGGAGUUGAAGGAGCACCUGAAGCCGACACCGCUGAUACUGGACGACCAGGGCCGGACGGUGGACGCCACUGGGAAGGAGGUGGAGCUGACCCACCGGAUGCCCACCCUGAAAGCUAACAUCCGAGCGGUGAAGCGCGAGCAGUUCAAGCAGCUGCUGCUGAGGGAGAAACCCAGCGACGACCUGGAGGCCAACACCUUCUACGACCCCCGCGUGCCCGUGCUGCCCUCCCAGCGCCAGAAGAGGAUCUUCCGUUUCCACGAGAGGGGCAAGUUUGAGAAAAUAGCCCAGAGGAUACGCACCAAGGCGCAGCUGGAGAAACUGCAGACCGAAAUCGCCCAGGCGGCCAAGAAGACGGGCAUCCAGACCUCGACCAAGUUGGCACUGAUCGCCCCCAAGAAGGAGCUGAGGGAGGGCGAGGUGCCGGAAAUCGAGUGGUGGGAUUCCUACAUCAUUCAGAGCGGGAUUGAGCUGACGGCGGAGAAUCUGAAGAAUGAACAGAACUUCCACGGCAUUACAAACUUGGUGGAGCAUCCGACUCAAAUCAGCCCUCCCGUUGACACAGACAAGCCGGUCACACUCGGUGUUUACCUGACCAAGAAGGAGCAGAAGAAGCUACGACGACAGACUCGACGAGAGGGCCUGAAGGAGAUGCAGGAGAAGAUACGCCUGGGGCUCAUGCCUCCUCCUGAGCCAAAGGUGCGGAUCUCCAACCUGAUGCGGGUUCUCGGGACGGAAGCUGUGCAGGAUCCAACCAAGGUGGAGGCUCACGUCAGGGCACAGAUGGCCAAGAGGUUAAAGGCUCAUCAGGAUGCCAACAGUGCCCGCAAACUGACAGCUGACCAGCGGAGAGAGAAGAAGAUCAAGAAUCUGAAGGAAGACGUGUCCCAGGGCGUCCACAUCGCAGUCUACCGAAUCCGAAACCUGAGCAACUCGGCGAAGAAGUUCAAAGUGGAAACCAAUGCGGGACAGCUGUACCUGACGGGAACGGUGGUCCUGCACAAAGAUGUUAACGUGGUGGUGGUAGAGGGAGGUCCUAAAGCACAGAAGAAAUUCAAGCGUCUGAUGCUACAUCGUAUAAAGUGGGCUGAGCAGACUGCCACUUCCCGAGACGACGACGAAGACGGAUCAGACGAUGAGGUUGUGAAGAAGGUGAACAAGUGUGUGCUGGUGUGGGAGGGGACGGCGAAGGAGAGGAGUUUUGGCGACAUGAAAUUCAAACAGUGUCCGACAGAGAGCAUGGCACGGGAGCAUUUCAAGAAACACGGAGUGGAACAGUACUGGGACCUGGCCAUCAGUGAAUCGGUGCUGGAGGUUACAGAGGACUGAGGUGGCAGCAUUCCGCUCCGUGUCUUCCCACUGUCUGAGGCCAUUUUGGAUUUUUCACGGGUGUUGGGCUUGGGAGGGUGAGAGGAGAUGGUGUCUUGGUGUGAGACGGGCUUUCGUCUAGGGCUGGGAAGAAGCCAAGAGCUCGAAGGCUCUCUGAUCCAAAAUGCAGGAAUUGAAUAUUGCCUCCAGAUAUAGGUACCGCUAUUCUCUUGUACAUCCCGUUCUCCGUACAGCUACCGUGUUGCCAGAGCAUGUAGGAGACUGGAAAGAUGUGCAGUCCUUUCUGACCGUGCUUACAUCUGCCAGGGAAAGUAAUAUUGAGCGUUACAAAUGUGAUACAGUGGCCAGUCGCAGCAUGAAAAGAGAAAGGGGUUCUCAUAAUCCCCAUUCUGAUCCAUAUUGACAAUUCUGAUGCUUUUGAGCUCAAUUCUUUUCCGAACAGCUUCUAGUCUCUCUGGAGCCGGGGGAAUCCUGUCAGGAACCAGCUGCUUCCCUCGCCCUCUCCACCCUGGUUUGCAUUUUUGUUACAAGUAAAAGAAAUGGAUAGAGCAGAGAUUGGGGGGGGGGGAGGGGGGAGUGGUGUCGGUGUGAUCAUUUUCUCUCCUCUUCCCCCCCCCCCCCCCCCCAAACCGGGAACGAAUCUUCACCCCGUAAAAGAAAUUGGCACUGCCUUUGUUGAGGUCGGUCUCACAGGUUUCGGGAAUGAUCCAUCUCACUGAAUAGCUUUAGGACAAAUUUGGUUUUGAACGUUGAUCAGAAAGUUUGCUGUUUUAUUCCAGCCAGGGCUGAGGCUUGACACCCCCAUUCUGUUCCAGUGCAGUGAUGAGUGCAUCGCAUAUUGUCAUUCCCGACCUUCAGUUCGAAGUCCUUUUCCCCAGAAAGUCAUUCAUCUCCCUUUUUACCUUGCUCUUGCACUCUUGCUCUGUCUUGCAUGCUCACUUUCUCCCUCCCUCUCUCCCCCUUUUUUUUUUCCUUUCUCUCGCUUUCUCUCUCUCCUCUUUCUCUCUCUCUCUUUUUCUUUCUCUCUCUUUCUUUCUUUCUCUUUCUAUCUUUCUUUCUCUUUCUAUCUUUCUUUCUCUUUCUAUCUUUCUUUCUCUUUCUAUCUUUCUUUCUCUUUCUAUCUUUCUUUCUCUUUCUAUCUUUCUUUCUCUUUCUAUCUUUCUAUCUUUCUUUCUUUCUCUUUCUAUCUUUCUUUCUUUCUCUUUCUAUCUUUCUUUCUUUCUCUUUCUUUCUUUCUCUCUCUCUCGUGUGCUCUCUCUCUGACUCAUGCUUGGGCCUUGACGUGUUUUUGUUCAGUUUGUCCUGUCUGCUGAUGGCGAGGUAUUCUGGUUGACAGGUGAGUACUAGCAGCAGUGGAAGUGACUCUGACGUUGCCACAGAGACGUGAGAUGUAAAUCUCUCUGGUCUGAUGGCUCAUUGCCCCUCGUUCUGAGGAAAGCCACAGCCCUGUUUGGUCAGGAUGUUUACUGCACCUCGAACUGGAGAGGCCCAAGGAGCUUUGAGAGAUCUCGGUCAGCUGCAGUGGUUCUGUUCCUAAUACUAAGGUUAAGGUGGAUUAUUUCUUUGAGUCACAGAACAUGACUCUUUUAUCUAACCUCAUGUUUCACUUAUCCUGGGAAUGUUGGAUGGGAACAAUGUAGAGGAGCCUUUAUUCUAUAUCUAAUUCCCUGCUGCCCUUCUCCUGGGGGCUUUGGAUUGGAAGGGGAGGGGGGGAGAUAGUGUAGAUAAAGCUUUCCUUAGUCUGUAACCCGUUGCUGCCCCUGUCCUGGGAGGGGGAAUACUGUAGAGGGAGCUUGACUCUGUAUCUAACCCUGUGCUGUAACUGCAGUGAGAUGAUAUGAUGCUGACUCUGGAGGAGGGGGGGGGAGGUGAUAUCUCCUGCGUGAAAGUGUACCAUAUCCUGAAUUUGAAACGCUGACAAAUGCUGGUAUUAAGGUGUCCCCCCUUCAUUAUAUCCUGUUCUGUGCUCGACCUGAAUAAUCCCCCGUUAACAGCCAAUUGUUACCUUUCAAGCGAGAAUCUGUGUCAACGGCCUGUUAAAAAGAAGAGAAGCUGCUGAGAUACGAUUUGUGCUGUAGAGGGUUACAGCUCGGAGUUUCAUAAUAAAGACUAAUUAUUUUUUUCUAAA